UGAUAUCGCCGCAGACAAAGCGGGAAUCAAUGGACCCCAAGCAGAUAAUCACGCUCCUUUUCUUAAUCUCCGCCACCGUCAUCUCCGCCCAUGAAUACCUCCGACCACCGCCUCGCAAGGCCCUCCAUUUCCCAUGGAGUCGAAAAUCCUCUUCUCUUCCCCAGCAGGUGCACGUCUCUUUGGCAGGAGACAAGCACAUGCGAGUGACGUGGGUCACUGGUGAUAAAUCUGCUACUUCAGUUGUCGAAUAUGGAACAUCAUCUGGGACAUACAGUUCUGUAGCUCAAGGAGAAAGCACCUCUUAUACUUAUAUACUCUAUAGCUCAGGAAAGAUACACCAUACUGUCAUUGGGCCUCUUGAACAUGACACCGUCUACUUCUACCAAUGUGGAGGCCAAGGUCCUGAGUUUCAGUUCAAGACCCCUCCAGCUCAAUUUCCAAUUACUUUUGCUGUGGCUGGAGAUCUCGGACAAACUGGAUGGACAAAGUCAACCCUAGACCACAUAGACCAGUGCAAAUAUGAUGUGCAUCUGCUUCCUGGAGACCUUUCAUAUGCUGAUUACAUUCAGUCUCGGUGGGAUACAUUUGGUGAGCUGGUGCAGCCACUUGCAAGUGCAAGGCCAUGGAUGGUAACCCAAGGGAACCAUGAAAAGGAAAAUAUACCAUUGUUAAAGGAUGGGUUUCAAUCCUAUAAUUCAAGGUGGAAAAUGCCGUAUGAAGAAAGCGGAUCAAGUUCAAAUCUUUACUAUUCCUUCGAACUUGCAGGUGUCCAUGCUAUCAUGCUCGGUUCAUAUACUGAUUAUGAUGAGUAUUCAGAUCAAUACAGGUGGUUGAAGAGUGAUCUUUCAAAGGUUGACCGACAGAAGACACCUUGGCUGCUCGUGCUAUUUCAUGUUCCCUGGUACAAUAGUAACAAGGCUCAUCAAGGUGAAGGGGACAGCAUGAUGGCAGCAAUGGAGCCAUUGCUUUAUGCUGCCAGUGUGGAUAUAGUGUUUGCUGGUCAUGUUCAUGCUUAUGAACGGACGAAACGCGUGAACAAUGGAAGAUCAGAUACAUGCGGUGCUGUCCACAUAACCAUUGGUGAUGGCGGAAACAGAGAAGGGUUAGCUCACAAGUAUAAAAGCCCAUCACCUGAGUGGUCAGUUUUCCGGGAAGCAAGUUUCGGUCAUGGUGAGCUGAAUAUAAAGAACUCGACCCAUGCCUUAUGGACCUGGCAUAGGAAUGACGAUGACGAGCCUGUAAGAUCCGAUCAGGUCUGGAUAACCUCGUUGGUUAGUUCGGGAUGCGUUGCUGAGAAGAGACACGAACAAAGGAAGAUACUCAUCGAACCAUAGAAGAUGUAAUCAAAUGAAGUUUAUCAAAUCAAGGGGGUCUACAUUUAAGAUGAACUUUGUGCUAUUUGAGCUCUCUUCUGGCUGGCCUGUUCGGAAAAGUGGCUUUCUACAGUUCGAAUGUGCAAGCGUUUCUGUGUAUUUGUCAAACUUUAUGCAUGCAUGUACCAUGUAUAUUUAUGUAGUAGAAUUUUCCCUGUAUUUAUGUAAAAUGUAACUUAUAUAUAGUAAGAUUAUCCCUUUAUGUU